AUGGGAAAACUCAUUCGCUUGGAGCUUUUCAACUUCAAAUCCUACAAAGGCCACCAUGUCUUGCUCUUCGGAGAUGCGUACUUCACCUCUAUCAUUGGGCCGAAUGGCUCUGGUAAAUCGAAUUCGAUGGAUGCCAUCUCUUUCGUUCUAGGAAUUAAGUCGUCUCAUUUGCGAUCGACCAAUCUCCGUGAUCUUGUGUACCGCGGCCGUGUAUUGCGCACAUCGAAAGUGGACGGAGAGCCUGCAGCCGAGGGACGAGAUGACGAAGAAGAGCAGGAAACGGAGAAUAUGGAUACCUCCCAAGAUGCUGGUGGAAAUGACCCAAAGUCCGCCUGGGUGAUGGCUGUGUAUGAAGAUGAUGCUGGUGAAGAGCAGCAAUGGCGCAGAUCGAUUACCAGCCAAGGUGUCAGCGAGUACCGCAUCAAUAACCGGAUCGUCACCGCCCACCAAUACAACGAGGCCCUCGAGGAGGAAAACAUCUUGAUCAAAGCACGAAACUUCCUAGUGUUCCAAGGUGACGUCGAAGCGAUCGCGUCGCAGUCGCCCAAAGACCUCACCCGGUUAAUCGAACAGAUCUCCGGUAGUCUGGAGCACAAGGCCGACUACGAAAAGUUCAAGGCGGAGGCGGAAGAAGCCGCGGAACAGCAGACCAUCCAGCUGAACCGUCGAAGAGGCAUCAACUCUGAGGUCAAGCAAUACCAGGAACAGAAGCGAGAGGCUGAGAACUACGCCAAAAAGGCCGAUGAGCGCGAUCAGGCGAUCAUCACACAUAUCCUGUGGAAGUUGUUCCACUUCCAGCGACUUAUUGACGACUCAAGCGCGGAUAUUCAAAAGUAUCAAGACGAGCUCAAGGAAUACCGCCGUGGGGUUGAAAAAUACGAGAAAAACGUCGAAGAUGCCAAGAAAGAUCAUGCUCGUGUUGGGAGGGAUGUCAGCAAGGCCGAGAAGAAUAUCACCAAAAAGGAGAGAGAAAUCGAGGACCUCAACAACUCACUUGUACCUGUGGACGAGAAGAUCGAUAUCACUCAGAAAAAGGUUGAGAGAUAUUCUUCAAAGAUUAACGAAAUCGGCAAAGAACGCACAUCUCAAUCGAACAAUGAAAAGCAAUUAGAAAGAGACUUGAAGCUUGUCGAGAAAGCUCAGGCUCAAUGGGAAGCCGAAUGGCAAAAGACCAUGAGCAAAAAAGGCGGCCAGCUGAGCGAAGCUGAUCAGCAAGAGUAUCACAAGCUGAGAGAAGAAGUCAGCCGUCGUUCUUCUGCGGACUCUCUGAACCUCGACAACCUCCGUCGGCAGAGAAAGACCGAGGCCGAAGCCGUCAACAGUCUGAAGGGCAAGUUCGAAAACACCGAAUGGCAACUCAAGUCUGUGGAAGCCGAUGCUCAAACCAUGGGCGAGCGAAAAUCAUUGCUUAAUGACACGGUCAAAUCAACUUCUAAAGAUAUCGAACGUAAGAAGAAGGAAUUGAACGCGCUGACCUCGGAGCGUUUGAAGGUUUCUCAAAUGCGCACCGAGUUAGAAGAGAAGCUUCAGGUCGUGCUGCGGAAACUUCUCGAGGCCGAUGAUGGCAAAAAGCAGACUGAACGCGAGGUCCGGGCCAAGGAAUUGAUUUCGACUCUGAAGCGCAUCUUCCCAGGCGUUAAAGGUCGUGUCAGCGACCUUUGCCGGCCAAAGCAGAAGAAGUACUCUGAUGCAGUCAGCACCGUGCUUGGUCGACACUUCGAUGCCAUCGUUGUUGACAACGAGAAGACCGCCAAAGAGUGCAUUCAGCACCUUCGUGACCAGCGAGCCGGUCAGGCUACCUUCAUCCCCCUUGAAACUAUCCAGGUGAAGGCGUUCAACUCAAACUUGAAGGGUAUGCACCGGGGUAUGCGGCCUGCCAUUGAGACUGUUGACUAUGAUGACUCGGUUGCACGUACGAUUAGCUACGCAUGCGGGAACUCCAUUGUUUGUGACGAUCUAGCAACAGCCAAAUAUCUCUGCUACGAGCGCAAUGUGGAUGCUAAAGCGGUCACCCUCGAUGGAACUGUUAUCCACAAGGGCGGUCUCAUGACUGGUGGACGAGGUCCCCAACAGAACUCUAAGCGAUGGGAAGAUUCUGAGGUCGAGAACUUGUAUAAAUUGAAGGAGAAGUUGAUGAACGACCUUGCAAAUCUUCCAAAGAGCCACCGUCGCGGCUCAGAAGAGGAGACACUGCAAGGUGAACUCGUAGGCCUUGAGCAGCGUUUGAGUUAUUCUCGCGACGAGCUGAAGGCCCUCGAGAGAAACCUUGAUAGCAAGCGCAGCGAGCUGCAGUUUGUGAAGCAACAGAUGGAAGACCUGCGACCUAAGUAUACUGAACGCAAGGAAACCCUCGAUGAACUUGACGAAACCAUUGAAACGUCGCAGGCUUCAGUCAGUACCGUCGAGGAUGAAGUCUACCGCAAGUUCUGCCAGCGCCUAGGGUACGAUGACAUCCGAGAGUAUGAAGCUCAACAAGGCUCUCUGCAAGAAGAGGCUGCCCAAAAGAAGCUCGAGUUCACCACGCAAAAGAGCCGAAUUGAGAAUCAGCUCAGUUUCGAGAAGCAACGCAUUCAAGCAACCGAGGACCGGAUCAAUGGUCUUAGGGCUCAACUUGACCGUGACCAGGCCCUUGUUGAGGAGCUACAGGGUCAGCAAGAAGAGAUCCGCAGCCGGCUUGAUGAAUCUGAAGCGGAACUUGAGCUUCUUCGUGAAGCCCUCGAGAAGCAAAAGGAAAUCUAUGCGCAAUCGGCAGAGGCUUUGGCUGAGCAACGCCGCGAACUCCAGAAGCGCAGCAAGCAUGUCGAGGCUGCGUUGAGGAAUGUCAAUGCCCUUGAGGCGGAGAUCCAAAGAAACUCUUCUAGUCGUUAUGCUCUUCUGCGUCGCUGUAAACUCGAAGAUAUCGACAUUCCUUUGACCGAUUCUUCCAACAGCCUUGACAAGCUUCCUAUUGACGAUCUCGUGCAAGCCGCAGAUCCUGAUGCUAUGGAUGUGGAUGAGGGCGAUGUGCUGGACGAGGCUCCUGUGGUGCACGACUAUGGUAUUGAAGUCGACUUUGAUGCUCUGGGAGAAACCCUCAAAGAGGAGGCUGACGACAAGCUCGAGGAAGAGCUGCUUGAAAAAGUCCGCGUUCUCAAUAACGAUCUCGACAAGAUGGCACCAAAUGCCCGUGCGAUGGAGCGACUCGAAAGCGUUGAGAACAAACUUCGCAGCACCGAGAAAGACUUUGAGGAUGCCCGGAAAUCCGCACGAAAGGCCAAGGACGAGUUUGAGUCUGUGAUGAAGACCAGGUCCGACCUCUUCAACAAAGCAUUUACCCACAUUUCUGAGCAUAUCGGCCCUAUCUACCGUGAACUCACACGGAGCGCAAAUUACCCUCUAGGAGGACAAGCUUACCUGGACAUCGAGGACUCGGACGAGCCCUACCUGGAUGGCAUCAAAUACCACGCCAUGCCUCCGCUCAAGCGUUUCCGAGACAUGGAGCACCUUUCCGGUGGCGAGAAGACCAUGGCCGCGCUUGCUCUGCUGUUUGCCAUUCACUCUUAUCAGCCAUCACCAUUCUUCGUGCUGGACGAGGUUGACGCAGCCCUCGACAACACCAACGUGGCCCGCAUCGCCAACUAUAUUCAUGACCAUGCUGCGCCCGGUAUGCAGUUCAUCGUUAUCAGUUUAAAGACCGGUCUGUUCCAGAACAGUGAGGCGCUGGUCGGUAUUUACCGUGAUCAGGUUGAGAACAGCAGUAAAUCGCUGACUCUAGAUCUUCGGAAGUACACCUAG